AGAAAAGAAAAAUAACAUCCUAUCCGCUCGCUUCCACACUUUUCAUCUUAUCCUUACACCUUCCACCUCUUAUCUUCCUGUCCUUCGUUUUCUCACCUUCCCCUCUCCUCCCUCUCCUCCUUUCCUCUUCCCUUCCUUUUCUUCUUCUUAAACGGGUCAUCGCGACAAAUGUUAUGAGAUGAGACUAUCUUACCGUGUUGGUCUGGCCGCACUCUUUAUCUUCGCCGUCGUCCUGAUAAAGCGCCAUCUCGACUUCCUCCAGGAUGAUACGCGGCCCCAGUCUGUUUGGCAGCUCAACCUAGGCGGCAACUCUGGUUCUCAGCAGCAGGAGCAGCAGCAGCAGCAAGCUCCCAAUCAGGGAUCAAAUGGCCCGGCAGUGAACCCGCCCGUCAAGAUCGCCCAGCCGACCUACGAAACGACACCGAUUAUUGUGCCUAAUGACCGAGUAAUUGUGAUGGCCAAGUUGGCCGCGGAGGAUACAUCAUGGGUCAGCAAUGAGCUCGCCGAAUGGCGAAAUUUCAUCUACACCGUCGACGAUCCCAACGCCGCUCGUCACACCCCCAAGAACAAGGGUCGCGAAAGUCUCGCUUAUCUCGAAUACAUCGUGGACCACUACAACGACCUCCCGGCGACCAUCGUCUUCCUUCACAGCCACAAGGACGGCUGGCCGGGCGCCUGGCACACGGAUACGAUGGACUACAGCAACGUGCAGGCGAUCCGUGCCCUGCAGACCGAUUUUAUUCAACGGAACGGAUACGCCAAUCUUCGCUGCCAGGAAACCCCGGGUUGUCCGGACGAAAUCAGGCCGCGCGGGGACUCUCACCGCCCCGGGAAAUCCACCGAGAAGGUUUACGCGCAGGCCUGGCAGGAGCUGUUCAACAACACCGACGUGCCCGAGGUCGUCGGUGUGCCCUGCUGCUCGCAAUUCGCCGUCUCGCGCGACCAGGUCCUCAAGCGUCCGCUCACGGAUUACGAAUGGUUCUACGCCUGGGUGCUGAACAAUGAAUUGGAAGACGACGUGACCUCACGCGUGAUGGAGUAUACGUGGCAUAUUAUUUUCGGACAGGAUCCGGUCUAUUGUCCCGACGCUUUCCAGUGUUACCAGGAUGUUUACGGAAACCCUUACUUCUGGUAAUUCUUUGUACAUAAUACCCUCUUGUUUUCUUUUUUCCUUCUUGUCUUCAUAUAUUGCACCUUGGACGAACCGUCCGGUCGUCGUAUUUUCUACCAUGUUCAAAAGGUGUUUGCUGUAUAUGGCUCGGGACUCGAUUUCUUUUUUUCUUUUCCAUGUUUAGAAAUUAUCCAUCACCACUGGUCACCAAUAUUGUUCAUAUAUUGCAUUGGAGUUCAUGAAGCUAGGAGCGCGGAAUUUCAUACAAUUCAUCUGCA